UUUUUAAUCUCUUCAGUCCUCACGCAAAUUCCCUAUCCCUUCCCUUAAGCUCUAUCUGAAAAUGAGCCCUUUUCUUCCCAAUGCUACCAUACUCCUACUCGCCGCCAUCAUCUCAACCGCCGCCGCCGCCGUCACACCUUCUCACACAUUCCUCCGCUCCUCCUGCGUCUCCGCCCGCCAUCCUGAGCUCUGCAUCUCCUCCAUCGCCGCCUCCGCCUCCCUUCUCCAUUCCAUUUCCUCCUCUAAAGACGUAAUACACGCCUCCCUAAACCUCACCCUCGCCGCCGUCCGCCGCUCCAUCGCCGGAGCCAAAAUCAUCUCCGCCCGACCAAGUCUCACCUCCCGCGAACGCGCCGCCGUUCAAGACUGUCUCGAGAUGUUCGACGAAACGCUCGACGAGCUCCGUCGCGCCGACGCCGAUCUCCGAUCUUACUCGCCGGGCUUUGCAAGCUCCAAAUCACUCUCCCGCCAUGCCGCCGACCUGAAGAUCAUGAUCAGCGGUGCCAUUACCAACCAGGAGUCCUGCGCCGACGGCUUCUCACACGCCAGCGAUGACCGCCGGCUUCGGUUGGGGAUCCUUCGAGGGCUUACCUACAUCGAGCGCAUGUGCGAAAACGCUCUCGCCAUGAUAAGGAAUAUGACGGACGGCGACAUGGCGGCGGCGGCGGCGACAGAGGGGCGGAAGUUAGCGAGCCGUCAUGAUGGAUUUCCGGAAUGGAUGACGGCGAGGGACAGGCAGCAGCUUCAGUCAGCGGACACGACGGCAGAUUUGACGGUGGCGGUGGACGGGAGCGGGAAUUUUAGAACCAUUACGGAAGCGGUGGCGGCGGCGCCGGUGAAGAGCAAGCGAAGAUUUGUCAUAAAAAUAAAGGCCGGGGUUUACGCGGAGAACGUGGAGGUGCCGAAGAAUAAGACGAAUAUAAUGUUUGUUGGGGAUGGGAGGACGAAGACGGUGAUCACCGGAAGCCGGAAUGUCGUCGACGGCUGGACCACCUUCCGUUCCGCCACCUUAGCCGCAGUGGGGUCGGGUUUCCUGGCCCGCGAUCUCCGCAUCGAGAACACAGCCGGCCCAUCAAAGCACCAAGCCGUGGCACUCCGGGUCGGGUCCGACCUCUCCGCCUUCUACAACUGCGUCAUCAUCGCCCACCAAGACACCCUCUACGUCCACUCCCUUCGUCAGUUCUUCCGCUCCUGUCUGAUCCAAGGCACCGUCGAUUUCAUCUUCGGCAACGCCGCCGCCGUCUUCCAAGACUGCGAUAUCCAGGCCCGGCGACCCGGCUUGAACCAGAAGAACAUGGUGACGGCCCAAGGCCGCUCCGACCCGAACGAACCCACGGGCAUCGUCCUCCAAUCCUGCCGCAUCACCGCCACCGACGACCUGGAGGCGGCCAAGGGUUCCUUCCCCAGCUACCUCGGCAGGCCGUGGAAGGAGUAUUCUAGGACGGUGGUGCUGCGGUCGGAGAUCGGCGAUUUUAUACGGCCGGAAGGUUGGCACGAGUGGAAUUUGGAUUUCGGGCUUGACACGUUGUAUUAUGGGGAGUAUGAGAACACUGGGCCGGGCGCGGGGACGGUCCGUCGGGUCGACUGGAAGGGGUAUAAGGUGAUUACUGAUGCGGGGGAGGCGCAGCAGUUUACGGUGGGGAACUUUCUUGAGGGAUCUGAUUGGUUGGGAGCGACGGGCUUUCCCUUCUCAUUGGGUCUCUGAUCCACCGUUUAAUGAAUAUAUUUAUGCGACUUUAGUUAUGGGAGAGAUUUGCGAGCUCUUGCUAUUUGUAAUAAAAAG